AUGCCCAAGUCAAAGCGAAGCUGGACCGCUAAGGAAGACAACGAACUGAGAACUUGCGUUAGAAACCUUGGCCCACGAUGGGUUAAAAUUUCUUCGAUACUCGAUGAACGAUCCGCAAAAGAAUGUGCUGAGAGAUGGAAUAAUUGCCUACGCCCUGGAAUUAAUGCUACAUCGUUCUCCCUCACUGAGCGCCAAAUGAUAAAGGAAUUUUAUAGAAUUUAUGGACCACAGUGGAGUAGGAUUGCGGCAAAUCUUCCUCGUCGCACUUCUCAAAUGGUCAAAAAUUGCUGGUAUUCAAUGCGGCGAUCAGAAGCCAUUAGAAUUCGUCAGUCGUCAGAAGCCGAAGCC